UAGUGUGUGUCCGUGUGAGAGCGGAGCAGAGAUUUGACUGUGCCCAGUCGUGUGAGAGGAUUCAAGCCGAGAGACAGGCACCCAGGCCGGGCAAAAGCAGCGUGGGACGCCGCUGUAGACCACGUGGAUCGAGGAACCUGUAGCCUUAGAUCAACGGACGAAGUGUGAAGAUAGAAGUCUGGUCACAGACAUCACGUCGCUUCUUUUCCUCUCCUCCUUUUCCCAAGUCCGUUCCUUCUAACAGUCAUCAUCAUGGCUUCCAAACUAAACCCGAAUGUCUUGUACGUCCAAGAACCGCGGGAGUCGAUGUCCUCACAGGAAUCUGACCGCCUAGCGCAGCCCGAACCCGGGGAAGAGAGCUCGGAUAGCGACGGCGAGCCGGACGAGACAGAGCAGAAGCUGAUCCGGAAAGUGUCCACGUCAGGACAGCUACGUGCCAAGAAAAGUGUAAAAGAAGGGAUCCUAUUGAAACAGACCAGUUCUUUCCAGAGAUGGAAGAGGAGGUACUUCAAACUGAGAGGCCGGACACUUUACUAUGCCAAAGACUCCAAGUCUCUGAUAUUUGACGAGGUGGACCUAUCAGACGCCAGCGUGGCUGAGACGAGUACCAAGAACAUCAACAACAGCUUCACGGUGAUCACUCCAUUCAGGAAGUUGAUGCUGUGUGCUGAGAGCAGGAAAGAGAUGGAGGAUUGGAUCGGUGCUCUGAAGUCUGUACAGAAAUGGGAAACUUACGAGGCCAGUCUAUUCAAUAUGGAACAUUUUUCUGGGAUGCAUAACUGGUACGCCUGCUCCCACGCCAGACCCACCUUCUGUAAUGUGUGUAGAGAGGCCCUCUCUGGAGUCACCUCCCAUGGACUGUCCUGCGAAGUGUGUAAGUUCAAAGCCCAUAAGCGCUGUGCGGUGCGCUCCACCAACACCUGUAAAUGGACCACGCUGGCCUCCAUAGGAAACGACAUCAUGGAGGAUGACGAAGGGGUCUCCAUGCCUCAUCAGUGGUUAGAGGGGAACCUGCCAGUCAGUGCAAAGUGUGUGGUGUGCGACAGGAACUGUGGCAGUGUCAGGAGACUGCAGGACUGGAGAUGUCUAUGGUGCAAGGCUAUUGUGCACAGCAGCUGUAAGGAGCAGAUGGGAAAGGCGUGUCCUCUGGGUCAAUGUCGGGUGUCAAUCAUUCCUCCCACAGCCCUCAAUAGUAUCGACUCUGAUGGCUUUUGGAAGGCCACCUCUCCCUCCUGCACCUCCCCUCUCCUGGUGCUGUGUAACUCUAAGAGCGGAGACAACCAAGGGGUUAAGUUUCUAAGGAAAUUCAAACAGCUGCUCAACCCUGCACAGGUCUUUGACUUGAUGAACGGAGGACCACAGCUGGGUCUGCGUGUGUUCCAGAAGUUUGCUACGUUUCGUAUCUUGGUGUGUGGCGGGGACGGCAGUGUUGGCUGGGUCCUGUCUGAACUGGAUAAACUCAACCUGCACAAACAAUGUCAGCUAGGUGUCCUCCCUCUGGGUACAGGUAAUGACCUAGCCAGGGUCCUGGGAUGGGGAGGACUAUGUGAUGAUGAUGCUCAACUGCUACAGAUCCUGGAGAAGCUGGAGCGAGCCACCACCAAGAUGCUUGACAGGUGGAGUGUGAUGACAUACGAGCUGCCUACCAAACACUAUCCCAUGGUGAAGGAAGACGAUUUUAGUCCCGACUCCCCCUUACAGGUCCACAUCACUCAGUAUGCAGACUCUGUGGCCUCCCACCUCACCAAGAUCCUGGACUCUGACAAACAUACAGAUGUCAUAUCCUCUGCCAAGUUUUUGUGUGGAACGGUGAAUAAUUUUGUAGCGGAGGUGGGGAGAGCAUACGAGAGAGCCACAGAGAACAAGGAGGAGGCAGACACUAUGGCCAAGAAGUGUGCCCUGUUGAAUGAGAAGCUGGACAGCCUGGUAAAGGCUCUUAGUGAGGAGGCUGAUGCCCAGGUAGUCCCAGCCGGCAGUGUGCCACUCCAGGACGGGGACCAGGAGAGGGGUACAGACACCCCCGGAGGAGAACCCCGGCCCCCAUACAGGUCCAGAGAACAGCUGAUGCUGAGAGCUAACAGUCUGAAGAAAGCACUGAGACAGAUCAUAGAACAGGCUGAGCAAGUGGUGGAUGAACAGAACAAACACACUCAUCUCCAGCGCAUGUCUUCCUCCUCCUCCAUCAAGAGAGAGAACAGUGAGGAACUGAAAGAGGCAGAGCCAUGUCACGUCAGUUUAAGCCCCUCCUCCUCCACCAUCUUCCUGGAGAAACCAGAGAGUCUCAGCCCUCCGUCCUUCAACGAAGAUCAGUGCUCAGAGAAGUGUGUAAUGAACAACUACUUUGGGAUCGGUCUGGAUGCUAAGAUCUCCUUGGAGUUCAACAACAAGAGAGACGAACAUCCCAAGAAAUGCAGUAGUCGUACUAAGAACAAGUUGUGGUAUGGGGUGAUGGGCACCAAGGAACUGGUACAUAAGACAUACAAGAACCUGGAACAACGAGUACUGUUGGAAUGUGAUGGUGUACCUAUGUGUCUGCCUAGUCUUCAGGGUCUAGCUGUUCUCAACAUCCCCAGCUAUGCAGGGGGAAUCAACUUUUGGGGGGGUACCAAAGAGGACAACAAUUUUGGCGCUCCAUCGUUUGAUGAUAAGAAGUUAGAGGUGGUGGCUGUGUUUGGCAGUAUGCAGAUGGCUGUAUCCAGAGUCAUCAACAUCCAACACCACCGUAUAGCACAGUGUCGUCAGGUGAAGAUAACUAUCCUAGGGGAGGAGGGUGUACCAGUACAGGUGGAUGGAGAAGCAUGGAUCCAACCUCCAGGGAUAGUCAAGAUCACACACAAGAACAGAGCUCAGAUGCUUACCAGAGACAGGAACUUUGAGAGGACUCUAACAUCAUGGGAGGAUAAGAGGAAGAUUGACACGUACCGUUCCUCCAGGCCCCGCCUCAACUCUCAGCAGUCUAUGGAAUACCUCACAGAGGAGGAAUGUGCUCAAGUACAGCAGCUAGGGAUGGUGGCCGACACACUCAUCACUAGGAUAAGAGAGGCAGCUAAGACCCAUAAACUGGUGGAACAGGAGUUAGCCCAUGCUGUCAAUGCUAGUGCCAUGGUCCUCACUGAAGCGUUCCCAUCCAAACCAUCCAGCCCUGAGUGUCUGAGUCGCAGUACAGCAGUGGAGAUUGUGAACAGCAGUAAAGUCCUUCAGCUGGAGACCAGGAUGCUGCUGGAGGGGAAACUACUGCUGGACUCUCCCCAGGAAGAGGACCUUCUCUCUACUCUCAACUCUCUGAGCGCUGAGCUCCACAAGCUAGACGACAUACACUGGAUCUGCCCUGCCAUGCACUGCUCAGAGGAAGUGGAUGACUCUGUGAGGGUGAGUGGUAAGAGUAGUAUGAAGCUAAAGAUGAUGCCCAAGGUGCGGAAGGAGAGAGAGAAGCUCCACAAGCAGAGGUCCAACAGCUCUCUGUCGGUGGAGAGGUGGGAAAGUGAGGAGGUAGCUGCGUGGCUGGACUCUCUGGGGUUAGGGGAGUACAGAGAUAAUUUUCUCUCCAGGGACAUCCAGGGCUGCCAGCUCUCACAGCUGCAGCGGCACAACCUCAAGGAUCUUGGGAUAUUAAAGGUGGGGCAUGUGAGACGGAUCCUUCAGGCAAUUGAGGAACUUAACGAGGAGGCUUAACCAGACACCUGUCACCAUGGCAACCGGAGAGGGGGGGAAUAAAUGAUUCAAUGAUUCAAUGACCCUCUCCCCAUUCAGCUAUCACCUCCCCCUUGACUCUCAAUGUUCUCCAUUUUGUAAUCAGGGAGGAGCUGUUUUUAAUGAGGGGGCGUGGCUUAGCAUUUGCAUCACUGUUUGGUGUUCUGUUAUUGGUGCUGUUUGACCUGCUGACCAGGGAGGUGGGCGUGGCUUCUUGAUAGGCAAAUGGCCAAUCAGAGAAGAGGAAAGGAGAGAGUUUCUUAGCAACUUUUGUUUCCUUGACGACGCAAUGUGUUUACGUAGGCGGCGCUGUCCUUUGCAUGACGGGAGCGGACAUUUUGUUUUUAUUAUAAUUCUUAGAUAACUCCUCUUUUUGGGGUUUAGGCUACCCUUCCUCUUUUCUCUCUUUCUUUUUCUUUCUUGACUUUCGGCGCAACUUAAAGGACUUUUUAGUUUCCUAGAGAAAUCUGAAGUUUGAGGACAACAACAAUAACGAAAACAAAAAACAACAAUGUAAACAACAGCUCAAUUUAUUCUCACCUGCUGAACUGGAGACUUAAAAUAUUUAUUGAAGGGUCAUAUUGAGGAAUGUAAUACAUGUGGACUGAAAAUGGUACUAAUAUAUUGGCCUUGCUAAAGUACUUACCAUAAUAUCUGUAAUAUAUGAAUAUGAGAAAUGUAUGCACUCACUAACUGUAAGUCGCUCUGGAUAAGAGCGUCUGCUAAAUGACUAAAAUGUAAAUGUAAAAUGUAAAUAUAUGUACUGUAGCGUCUUAUGUCCAGCUACAACAGUACUCACUGUAAUAUCUAUGGCUAGCUACUACAGUACUUACUGUAAUAUCUAAGCCACUAUGACCAUCAAUGUGUCCCUGCAUGCCUUCCGAGUUGGAUGAAGUAGCCCCUAGACACUGAUCUAAGGUCUGUCUAAGGUUUGCAUUAUCCUUCCUUAUGGUUAUGCUUAGGUUUUGGGGAGGUCUGUGGUUAGGGGUAACUUAUACCUUCCCUAACACGCUGGAAUAUAUAUGCAGUGAGAUUUUGUUAUUUUUCUGUUGUAGAAAUUGGGUAACAUUUUAUUUUGAAGGUCUGGUUAUAAACUGCUUAUAAACUGUUACUAGAUAGUUCAUAUAUAGUUUUUUAACCAUUAGUUAACCGCUAUAUCAUUCUAUAUAAUGAUUCAUGUCUUUAUGAAUAAUAGUAGUUUCGGAUGAAAACUAUAUAUAUUACAAAGACCAGUAUGCUGAAUCAUAUAUAGCUAAACCAUGAACAACAUAUAUAAGUUAAGUUGUAUAAUUAAGUUAAAAUAACAUGUAUUUAAUUCAUUCAAUACUGAACAAGCUAUGUAUUAGCCAUUUAAUAGCUAAGUAAUGGUGUUUAUUAUCAGUUAAUUAUCAGCCUUCCAGAUACAGUGUUAGCUAUGAUUGUCCUACUGUACCAAUAGCGUGCUUGUCCUGCUGUUAUUGCUAGAGGCUUUAGUGAUGUACAUGUACGUGUGCCAAGUUUUAAACGACACAUGACGAUUGUGUGUGUGCGCGCAAACGACACUGUGUGCGUGUCGUUCAUUUAAAAUACGUUUAUUGUAUCUUGCCUUGCACUUUACAAAGCGAAACUUAAAGAAAAAAUGUGUGCGUGUAUGUUGUAAAGUGAUCGCUCACUUGUGUUUUUAUUGCUAUGAAAAUGGUCCCUCUCCCUUGUAUUUAUGACAAAUCUAUGCGGAGAUUUAAUGUGUGUUAAUAAUAUGUAAUAUAUAAAUAUAACCAAACGAAUGUUAAAGUAUAUAUAUAUAUAUAUAUAUAUAUAUAUAUAUAUAUAUAUAAAAUAUGUUUAUUCACUUGUCAGUGGUUGUUCUACUGUACAUGUACAUGCUCUAAGGGUUGCAAAAUUCCGGUAACUUUCACAGGUUUUCACAAGAUUUCCAGAUUUUCAGAAGGGAAUACGCAGAAAACCCAGAAAUCCUCUGAGGAUUUUUGGAAACCCGGGAAUUUUGGGAAAGUUUCCAGAAUUUUGCAACCCUUAUGUUCUCACUUUAUCUAAUCUUAUGGAUCUAAUCUUAUGGAAGACUGGAUUCUGAAAAAUUUUGCUACAACGUUACUCCAAUGCUAUGCCAACGAUUCCUUAGCUGCUAGGAUAUCGGUAUUGAACAGUAUUGAAAUCUUGUGUGACAUAAAAUAUAUAGUGGUCAACUGCCAAGGUACUGAGAGGAAUGGAGAACAACGCAACAACAAUGUAACAUGAAAUAUGCCACGGUUGUGUAACAGUAUUUGACGGCAAGUUUUUGUGAACGCACUCCUACAAACUGCACUGGAUGGACUCUGCUGUGCAAUGCUCAAAGCUGGACUCAAUGUUGCACGUUGUUUGUUCAAAGAUGUUUAAUAAUAAUAAUAAUAUUGUGCUGUUAAUUUGUUGUACUGGUUGAUCUCUGUAACCAGGCUGGAAGGUCAGCCUUUGGGCCUAAAAAUUAUUCCUUAAAGUCCUAAGUGUCAAGAUGUUGUAUAUUAUACUAUUUAAUGGUAUAUAUUGAUAAGGAGGGAUGUUAUUGUGAAUCAAAUCUUGAAUUGAAUCUUGAAUUGUGAUCAAAUCUUGAAUUGUGAAACUUUGAACUCAUCAUGUAUUGAACUUGAUUGAGUGUUCCAAAUGUAUAUACAUUAUGCUCCAUCUCAGAGCCUAACCGUUAUUUUGACAGUUAACUCGACAAAAAUGUUUGUUGCCAAUAAGACAGGAAUCAUGCGGGCUAUGAUUUUACUGUUUUACUGCAUAUGAGUAUCAUCAGUGAAUUUAGGCCGGGAUAGAAUCAAAGGCGUGUUGUCGAAAAAGCGCACUGCACUUGACUUUUAAAGGUAAUUUAAGCUUGAGCCACUAUCAAGCGUGCAGCACCCAUCGUGACAGCAGGCCUUCGAUUGAAUUCCGGCGCUAGGCUAUUUAUUUGCGCUAUCCAACUGCCAUUCAUCCAUGUCCCUGAACCCAGAGAAAGAGACAGCAUUCACUGGCUGCUAGCAGGAGGCUGAAAUAAAGCGUGUCCAUCGCU